AAAGAAAGGUCAACAGUAAUUCUCCAGUAAUUGUAUUAAGAAAAAGAGGAAGAAGGGUUGGAAACAUUGUAAGGUCCUCAGCAAUGGAGCCCCAGCCAUUUCUAGUCCUUGUGCUGGUAGUUCUUUCUUUCAGUUCUGGCACAGAGGCACCAUCAACUGAAUCAGAAGAAGAAACAGACAUGUAUACAAAUUUCAGUGGAAUGACAGAAGACCCAGAAUUAGAAGAAACAACAGAAAUAUAUACAACUUCCAGUGGAAUCAUGACAGAAGUCACAGAUACAUCCCCCUCUACUGUUUUGUUCACUACAGUUGCGUCAGAGCAAGAAACAAACACAACAUCUACUGAGACAUCAGUGGCAGAAACAUCUACAGGCCUUACAUAUAUUACUGUAUCAACAGGACAACUAUCUGCAGAAUCUUCUGAAUUGGCUGUUUCUUCCUCUACUUCAGAUACAUCUUCUGCAACUACUACAACCGAAGUAUUAUCUUCAGUAAGCACAACGCCUCUGAUUGUACCAGCUGUUGUCACCAUAACAAUCAAAGUUACAAUUAAUGAACAUUUUCAAGAAGAACUCUUAGACGAAUCCAGCAUAAUAUAUGACAGUUUUAUAAAUCGGUUUAAGGAUCAGAUGAAAAUGUUCUACAGAAGCAUACUGUCAAAGCAUGUGGAAAUCGUUAUACUAUCAAUUCAGUAAGUAAUAGGCAUAUGUAGUGCUCAC